CAAUUCCAUUGUUGCCCGCGACUCGGACCUUGCGAAGUACCCAAUACGUGAAAUCACGGUCAUAACAACUGCAGUCAACGAGGAGUGCUCCUCUUGAUAUAUUCGAGAACAGUUUAUGUAUGGCGCUCGGCAGUUAGUGUCUACAUCCUUGGACCUAUCUUUUCACCCUGCGACCUCAAUCUACACUCUGGCAGCAUUCCGAAGAGCCUGGUUUUAGAGACCGUACGGAAGACCACAAGGCGAAGUCACAAUGGCGAGCUCCGGCGAUGCAAAAGGCUUCAAGCAGGACAUGGUCGUUUCGAUACGAUAUCGAAAUGACCUGCCUCCACCACCCAUGCCCCCCAAGCUUCUUGACAUCGACACAGGAGGACUGGCGCAAUACCUGACGACGGGCUACGCUUCAGGCCUGGCGAAACGCGAAGAACCUAACAUCGACGUCGAUGCCGAGGGUGGAAUGCCCAUCGACAUGGUCGGCGUGCCAGGGUAUUUCCUGGGCGAUGAGAGUGCCAUCAUGGCGCCUGAGAUUCAGCCUGUGCUGGAUCCCGCCGACCACGCGCUCAUGCUCUCAAUCGACCAGCUGAAAAGCCAGGGCGCAAAGAACAAUGUCUCCUUUCUACGAAAAACACAAUACAUGACAGCCGCACAAAUGGCACGAGCCAAUGAUCCCCUCCUGCGAACGAAUCCCAGAGUACGGAAGACGUCUGAGAGCAAAGCUGCGCCAACACCAAUUGCGCGAGACGACAGGGAGAAUAUCAAGAGACAUAUACAGAAAGGCUUCGACAUUGCCUACCCAGACAGCAUCCCCUACAACCCUCCCGAAGCACAAGCAAACCCGAUCACGCCCCAAGAACGCGAUGCCUGGAGAAACCCUGUCCAUCCUGACAACCCAAGACUAAAACCCGUCGAAUUUUACCCCAUUAUCCCUGAUCUAGAAGCCGGGACAGACAUGGCAGGAAGCUGGCAAGCCCUAAAAUUCGAGAAACCACCCUUACCGCCCUACCGUGGCCGACGCGACGACCGCAUCGACGUGGCAUUACUCAUGGCUGCAGAGAACGCGGCCGAAAUAACCAAAUACCGAGCAAAGAAAAAGGCGUUCGAAGAACACCCAGAUCUCUAUGAGGACCCCGGCGCGGAACCAUACUCAUGGUCCCUCAGCAUCCCCAAACAGCCAGACUCCGCAUCUCGGUAUCGCAAGAUCCUCGACGAUGCGAACCCCAACAAGGACGAUCCUGCAUUAUACGCGCCCUUACUCGAAGAAUCCGCAGACGGGUCCCAGCGCCUCCCAUACGAACGAGUCCGCGUCUUUCCGUCCGCGACUCAAAACGCCGUCGACAAUCACAGAGUCAUGGCCAUUUCUCUCGUCAAUGAAGAUAAAUUGUCUUCACACUCUCGGCUGCGCAAACAGGGUUCCGCCGCAUAUUACUACCCGAUCCUCGAGCGCGUGCGUGUCAAGGCCGACCGCAAUGCUGUCGAGAAAUCUCGCAGUCAAACUGCGCCGGAAAAUGGCUUUGGUGCGGAUAUGCCCGAUCAAUUGAUGAUCAUGUUCACGGAGCCCGGGCCUACAGAGAAAGAACAGAGGGCCAGGCAUCGAGGCCAGUACGACGAUGCGUUUGCUAGUGAGUGGGCGGAAAUCGUGAGAAACGCUGAGGCUGUGGAAGAGGAGAAGCGGGCCAAUGCGAUUAUCGAUGAGCAGGGCACGUUGCAUGAAGGAGCACAGGAUGUGUCGAUGGCGGAGAUCGAGGAUGCGGAAGAUGCGGAGGUGUCUAUGAAUGGUGUCGCGCACAAAGAUCGUGAUGAUGACAGAAAUACACCUCUUCCGGGUGUGAAUGGCGGAGAUGCCGACGCAGAAGAAGACGAAGAUAUGCGGGAUGAUUGAGAUGCAUUGUCCCAGCGGUAUCGCUUGGACAAAUUGACGCCUCAGCGAGGUUCAGUAGCGUUCAGGUGUACAAUACAGCUCAACAUGGCGUGCCAUCUAACAAAAGUCUGCGCAGACAGAUCUGACUCAAAUCAUUUGACAUUUUUCUUCCUGCCGGAAGCUAUGCUAUCCUCUCCCUUCGUCCUACAAGGCUGUUCUAACCCUGCCGAGGUUGCAUGAUCUCUG